AUGGAGGAAAUCGAGAACAUAGAAGAAUGGUCAGCUCACAUCGCGGGGAAGGUCAAGGAGACGACCAAAAUCAUAGAAACGGAUGAGCAGGUCGACAAGGUUGACAGCCGCCUCGCGCACUUAUUCGAAGCAAAGCAAUCUAUCCUAAACAGGUGGAAGAAGCAACGACUAAAUCGGCGCCUAAGGAAGAAGGUGGCGGAGCUGAAUCGCGCCAUCGACGUUCAUUGUCGGCUGCUCUGCACGCAACAAUGGAACGAAAUCUGUAAUGCUGCGGACGGGCAGAUGCAUAGCGGCAAAACCUGGAACUUGAUGCGGCAUCUGCUCGACGAGACUAAAACAAAGUCCCACCAACGCGACCGCCUCGCAAAGAUCAUUCACAGAGCAGUCAAGGAAAACGGGGAAACUGAAGUAAUCAGACGCAUAAACAGCAAGUAUCUUCCGGUCACACCCACCGAAAGGCAUCCUGAGUACGGCGGUCAAGCCAACGAGAAGCUUGACCGCGACAUCAGCGUCGAGGAGGUGCGAGCGGCCCUGCACGACCUAAACAGCAAGUCGGCGGCCGGCCCGGAUCACAUCUCGAACAGAGCGCUCAAGAACCUCAGCGAUUGGAAGGCUGCCAAGACCAUCCUCAUCCCCAAACCAGGCAAGCUGCCGAACACGGGCAACCUCCGGCCCAUCUCGCUCACGUCCUGCGUGGGCAAGGUGUUGGAGCACGUCCUCAUGUGUAGGUGGCAGGAUUACCUGGAGGAGUCGGGACUAUACCCCACCACGAUCAUCGGGUUUCGGCAUUCCCUCGGAAUCCAAGACGCGAUGAUUCUGUUGAAGAAAGAUAUAAUUGACGAAGAUACCCUAACGAAAGACAACAAGGCCAUUCUGGGGCUGGACCUGCAGAGCGCCUUCGACAAGGUGAAGCACUCUGCAAUCCUAGCCCAGGUGUCCAGACUCAACAUGGGCGCAAGAACAUACAAUUAUAUCAAGGACUUUCUGACGGGGCGGACUACCGAGCUCUGCGCCGGCGAUCUACGGCUCCAAGAGAAGAGGCUCGGCAGUGUCGGGACCCCCCAAGGCUCGGUCAUCUCGCCGUUGUUAUUCAACCUCGUUAUGAUCGGGGUGGCCAAGCGACUCUCUCGCGUCGAGGGCGUCCGGCACACCAUCUACGCCGAUGACAUCACGCUGUGGGUUCCGGGAGGCAGCGAUGGUCACAUUGAGAGCACGCUGCAAGAAGCCGUCGACGCGAUUGAAGACCAGCUGAACGGUUCCGGUUUGAUCUGCUCACCGAGCAAGUCAGAACUGCUGGUGUUACCACCGAAAUACGUCAGACGUAAGAAGAGCGAAGCGAGGGAUUACGAGGCCAUCAAGAUCGUGACGAGGAACGGCCACGUGAUCCCGGAGGUCGACAAAAUCCGGGUGCUCGGCAUGAUCAUAGACAAGCGACGGGGCAACGACCCUACCUCACAAGUUCCACAAGGCGACUUCAAAGAAGGCCGCCUCAUAGAAGCACAAGAAGAGCGCCCCAACUCACCGCAGAUCUAUGCGACAAUUGAAACGUGGGAGGCCAAGCUUUCCUUUGAUGGCCUUGACGACCAACGCAGUCUCGUCGCCCGGGCCAAAGAGGCAGCCCAAGACAGAGGGUUCAUGGAAUGA